UCACAUGGCAAAAGGCGGCACCAAUCUUUCCGGUUGAAAAAUUGUGUUUAUUUAGAUCAAAAGUGCUUUUUAGAAUAAAAAAAUAUGCCUAACGAUGAAUGGGAGACUUUUGUCAAAGAUCCACGCACUAAAUGUAAAUAUGGUGAGAAUUGCUAUCAAAAGAACCCAGAACACCAUAAAACUUAUAAACAUCCACCAAAAACUCAAAAAGCUGCGAAAAAUACACGUGAAAAAAAUAGAUUUAGCCCUUUCACAAGGAAGCCUAAGGCUGCAGAAACUAAAAAUGAUCAGACUAGUGAACAUGACCAGUUGGAAACAGACAAAAAAGGUGAAGAAAAAUCAGAGGUUAUGCAAGACAACAAACAAGUCCCUUCAAGUUCCGUUGUGUUGAAUAAUCCACCUGAUGUGGAGGAUUUGCCUGUUAAACUACCAGACAGCAUAAAGUUUUACGAUACAAAUGCAGAUCCUAAACUAUUCAAAGACUUAUUUCUGGUAGACAUGCCUCAAGACUUUUUAAAAUUUUUUGAAUGUCUAAAUAAAGACAAUUCAAUUGAAAAGAUGUUAGCAAGUGUUGGUUUGCAGCUAAUUGGGCCAUUUGAUUUGUUAUUGGGGAAGUUGCCCAUGGUGGACGAUAAUAAUUUAUAUCUAGUACAUUGGCGAUUUUUCUUUGAUCCACCGGAAUUCCAAGCAAUUUUAAAGAGGAAAGGAGCCAGCCAGUUCCAUAUUGGCUACUACAGAGAUAGCCCAGAGGAAAAGCCUGUGUUUCUUGCAAGCAAUGAUAGUGAGAAAGAUUGUCGUAUUUUACCUGUAGCUGAAAACAUCUUUGGUGCUGUCUACUUAUAUUUGCAAAAUGAAAAAAAGAAGUCACCUUUCACAGCUAUGGCCUGUCAGAAGCUGAUAGAUCUAAUGAAAAAAACAGCUGAUGAAGAAAAGUUUUCAUUAGAAGCCUAUACUAUGAAGAAAAGGCAGGGCAAGCUCAUAGCGAGAACCUUGCAUGGGGCUGGUAUAAUUGUACCAUACAAUAAGAAAACACAAUUGGGAUAUAGAAAUUUAGCUGAGACAGAUGAAAACUUGAAGAAAAUCUUCACAAGUAUCAAGGAAGCUACCAGUCAUGAUGAAAAACAGAAAGCACUGUCAGACUUACAGCCAGUGAUAACUUAUGCCGAUAUCGCUGUAGAUGAGUGUGAUUUUGGCACUGGUUUAGAAGCUGGGAUAGACUUAUUCUGCUCAGGGCUGAAGGAACUUCAAUCAAGAGCAUUGAGUUCUCUGACUUCAGUGUACAAUCUGUUAAACAGGGAAGCAUUUAGCAAAAUAAUACAGGCACAUCUAAAAUAUAGGCGCAAGGGGUCCAAUUUAUCAAUACUAGAUUUUAAGUAAGUAGUUUUUAAUAGUUUUUAUCAGUAUUGUAUUGAACUUAUUUUUUUAUCCAAUAAAUUAUUUGGUUUGCUAA